UCAGGAAGCAGAGUGUUCGGACGGCGAGAGGCGCUCAGCUUGGAGGAUGUUGCUGGUGCUUUCGGAGGAGCACAAGGAGCACCUGGGCUUCCUUACCCAGGUGGAGAGCUCAGUUGUCAGUGAAUUUGGCCGGAUUGCAAUGGAGUUCUUAAGGAAAGGCACAAACCCAAAAAUCUAUGAAGGAGCAGCAAGAAAACUUAACGUUAGCAGUGAGACAGUUCAGCAUGGAGUAGAGGGACUGACGUAUCUUCUCACAGAGAGCUCAAAACUCAUGAUUUCUGAGAUAGAUUUCCAAGACACUGUGCUUAUACUGGGAUUCUCUGAAGAACUGAAUGCCUUGCUACUUCAGCUGUAUCUUGACAACAGAAAGGAGAUAAGGAGUAUUUUGAGUGAGUUGGCACCGAAGCUCCCCAGCUAUCACAGCCUUGAAUGGCGUCUAGAUGUACAACUUGCCAGCAGAAGUCUGAGACAACAAAUUAAGCCAGUUGUGACUCUGAAACUGCACCUUGAACAGAAUGGAAGCCAAACUGCCCAAAUAUUACAAACUGACCCUUCUACGUUGCUCCAUCUGAUUCAGCAACUUGAACAGGCUUUGGGGGAAAUGAAAACAAAUCAUUGUAGGCGAAUAGUUCGGAACAUCAAAUAGUGUCUGUCACCUCGGUAAACAUGAUGGAACAGUGGACAACGGCGUUCACAAAACAACAAAGCAUCUAGAUCAGUCAGAACUCUUUCCUGUGCCUGGAUCUUGAGGCAAUGUUUCCAGGCUGAACUUGUUUGGGUGUUAUCCUUAUAAUGCCGUCUAAUGCUAGUUAGUGUAAUUGUCAUUACUUUAGCCAGAUGUAAAUUAAUUAGCUGAGCACAUG